AUGAAAAAUUUAAAACCAACAAAUAUUACUGAGCUUAAUAUUGAUUUAGAUGAGUCUGGAAUUGUAUUUGAUGAUAUUAUUCCAGAAGCAUUAUUAGAUCUACGAUAUAAGAAGCUCACAUUUGCUAAUCAUAAUCAAAGAAUUAAUACUGAAAAUAAAUUACGAAUUCUUUAUAAUAAAUUACUGCAAACUUAUGAAUCUGAAUCUACUAUUUUAAUAAAUUCAACUACUACAUGGCUCAAUUUUCAUACUGAUAAUCCUAUUCAAAAAUAUAAAGUUAUAAUUCAUUACAGAUUACAAGUACAAUACAAAUCAGUUAUGCAAGACAAAAUAGAAAAUUAUUUAAAAAUGGAUGAAAUUGAAAUUAAAAAAGAUCCUUUUAAAUGGUGA